GUUCAUUAGAUCAAAUUCUUUCUAGAGAAAAAAGGGUCGGUCAGCUCUCAAGCUUAGUCAAGAUCAUCGGCGGCUCCUCCUCCUCCGAACUCUUCUUUAUCUGUAUUUUCAGUGGUUGAUUUGGUGGUGCGCUUGCCCUUGUUCUUGGCUUCUGUGAUUUCCCCUUUUUGUCGAAAAGAUGCCCUUCUGGUCAUCAUCAUACCAAAUGCAGCUAGACUUGUGUUUAUGGAUGCCAAGACAUUUAUGCAGCUCGUUGAGGAGAAGAAAAGGAGAGUUUUGGCGAAGAAGGAGGCGCCCCUGAAAUGGGAGCAAAAGCUUGAAGCCGCUGCAAAGGCAAGAGCUGAUGCUGAAGCCAAGGCGAGGAAGGAAAAAGCUGGCAAGCACAAGAGGAGGUCUGUCUCGGUGUCUGAUAGUGAUAGUGAUAGUGAUAGUGGCGAAGGGAGAAGAAGGACGAAAAGGUCCCACAAGAAGCGAAGAAAGCAGAGCCACUCCGAUUCAGACCAUGAGAAGAGGAAAGAUAGGAAAUCCAAGAGGAAGCCAAAGAGGCGGUCGUAUGAUUCUGAUGACGAAAGCAGUGAUGGAUACGAUUUGGACCAUGAAAAGAGCAAGGACAGGAAACUUAGGAAGAAGCUAAAGAGAAGAUCCUCUGAUUUGGAUGAUGACAGCAGUGAUGGAUAUGGCAGCGACUUUGACGAGAAAAGGAGGCGGCAUGGCCAUAGGAAACGCAGGCAUGAUUCACUCCCAAGUUCAAGUUCUGACUCCGAAAGUGACGAGGAUGAGCAUUAUGCUAGAAGAAAAGGCAAUAGAAAGCAUCAUAAACAUCACCAUCAUCAUGAACGAGCACAUGAUCCUGAUUCUUCGAGUGAGGAGCAUGAUGCAGGCAGAAGGGAACAUCGUCGCAAGCACCAUGGACAUGUUCAUCGGUCACACAGCCACGACACGUCUGAUUCGGAUAGGCACAACCACCAUCACCACACUAAUGGUCGUCAACAGUCACGUGAGCCGACGACAUCCAACAAAGAUGAAACCUUGCAGUUCUCCUGAUGGGUAUAUUGAAGAUAUAAUGCCCCAGAAAAUGCUUAACUGAAUUAUCAAGAUUAGAUUCCUUGGCAUCCCUUGAAUCUAACUGUUACUCCCUCCUUCCCCCAUUAGGAGUCACUUUUUUCCA